AUGAGCCACGUGUCGUGCCUAUCUGUAACUCCACUGUUGGCGGUUACAGCAGAUGUGAGUGCUGCACUGCUGGUUACAGCAGAUGUGAGUGCUGCACUGCUGGUACACGCCCACCUUCCAUGCCUUCAGCUCCACGCCGCACGGUUCAUGGCAGAGGAGGUGGUUACAGCGGAGGAGAUCGCCAGCUGGCAGGCUGACGUGGAGGCUGAGUUUGAGCGUGCGUUUGAGAACACCAGCAAGCAACAAGUGUCGCCACAGGAUUGGCUUGCUGCCAACUGGCAAGGGGAGGCGCUUGGAUCGCUGGGAGGAACCGGGGAGAUGGUGAAGGGAGGAACCGGGGAGAUGGUGAAGGGAGGAACCGGGGAGAUGGUGAAGGGAGGAACCGGGGAGAUGGUGAAGGGAGGAACCGGGGAGAUGGUGAAGGGAGGAACCGGGGAGAUGGUGAAGGGAGGAACCGGGGAGAUGGUGAAGGGAGGAACCGGGGAGAUGGUGAAGGGAGGAACCGGGGAGAUGGUGAAGGGAGGAACCGGGGAGAUGGUGAAGGGAGGAACCGGGGAGAUGGUGAAGGGAGGAACCGGGGAGAUGGUGAAGGGAGGAACCGGGGAGAUGGUGAAGGGAGGAACCGGGGAGAUGGUGAAGGGAGGAACCGGGGAGAUGGUGAAGGGAGGAACCGGGGAGAUGGUGAAGGGAGGCCGAGAUGGUGAGGUGGAAAGGACGGGGGAUGCGCUCUGCACUGUACCACCGGACUUCACCUUACACCCUCAGAGCGUAUGUACGGUCAUGCCUCCUCUUAUACCAAGAUCAUCCCUUGCUAUUUGCCGUCAUCCUUUUUGGGCGAUUGCCGCAAGAUCACAACCACUGACUGAUCCCCUCCUCCCUCCCUGUCCCAUGCUUCCUCCGUGUCCCUUUCUUCCUUGCUCCUCCCUUGCCUCCUUCCGCUUUUCUCUCCUCCCUUCUCAUCCGUGCUUCCCUCUGUUUCUCGCCCUCAUCCCACCUGGUGCACCUGUGGCAUUGCUGCUGGAGAAUCGCCGCAAAAUGAUGGCAACUGGGGAAGGCAUCGACUGGGCCAUGGCAGAGGCUCUUGCCUUCGGCUCGCUUCUUCUGCCGUUUGACCCGUCUCUGAACCAGACGGCAGACAGCAACCCCACCCAUGCGGUGCGGCUGAGCGGGCAGGACUGUGAGCGCGGCACCUUCAACCACCGCCAUGCUGUCAUGCAUGACCAGACCACGGGGCAACGAUACACCCCUCUGCAGCACGUGGCUGCAGGACAGGAGCGAUUCAUGGUGUGCAACUCGAGCCUGUCAGAGGCAGCAGUGCUGGGCUUCGAGUACGGCUUCAGUCUGGAGAACGAAAAUGCCCUUGUGUGCUGGGAGGCGCAGUUUGGGGACUUUGCGAACAACGCGCAGGCGAUAAUAGACAACUUCAUAGUGAGCGGGGAGGACAAGUGGAUGACCCCCACGGGCCUUGUGCUGCUGCUGCCGCACGGCUUUGACGGCCAGGGCCCCGAACACUCCUCCGCCCGCCUCGAGAGGUACCUGCAGCUGGUGAACGACGAUGCCGACCACCUUCCCGGCUACAGUCCGCACCUGGCCGCCCAGAUUGAGGCGGGGUUCACCAUAGCCGAUCGCGACAACAAAGGCCACGUGUCGCUCUCUGAUUUGCUGGAGUUCAUGCAGUCGCAGUACGGGCUGGGCCACGACUACGUGACGGCGCUUGCCCACCAGAUGCACAUCGACGAAUCAAAUCAAAUCUCCAAGGCGGACUGGGAGUCAUUCAUGGUGAGGUGGAUGAGGCGCAAUGCACAGAGGGACAACAACGUGUGUGUCGUCAACCUCACCACGCCCGCCAAUUACUUCCACGCCCUCCGCCGCCAGGUCAAUCGGCAUUUCUCCAAGCCCCUCGUCAUCAUGUCCCCCAAGUACCUGCUGCAUCACAAGCCAUGUGCAUCACCUCUCAGCCAUUUCACAUCCGGCACAUUCUUCCAGCCAGUGAUAGCGGAUGGAGACAUAGGAGACAACAUGCGGCAUCUGCAUGCUGACAAGCUGCUGCCGCCCGGCGAGAUGAAACGCCUUGUGCUAUGCUCAGGGAAGAUCUACUACUCGCUGGCGCACGCCAGGAGGGCGAGGAAGCAGUGGGAGGUGGGGCUGAUGCGCAUAGAGCAGCUGGCGCCCAUGGCGGUGGACCAUGUAGCACGGGUCAUCAACAGCCACUCUGCUGCUGAACUCGUGUGGGCACAGGUGGGUGCUCCUCCCCUUCUUCCCCUCCUCUUGGCUCCCUCUCUUUGCUGCCCUCCACUUGCUCCCCCUCUUUGCUCCUCCUCGGGGUUGAUGCGCAUAGAGCAGAUGGUGCCCAUGGCCGUGGACCACAUGGCACGGGUCAUCAAUAGCCAUUCCAACGCUGAACUCGUGUGGGCGCAGUCAGCUGCGGCCAGCAAGACCGGCAGAUACGGUCGAUCCCCUUCCGGUUCCCGCGACUCUCCCCUUGCGCCCUCCCGCUCCGACCAGCCCAGCUGGCGCUCCGCCGCCGCCGCCCCUCCCCCGCCCGCGGGGCCAGGAGCGGCGGGAGCAGGCGGAGGGGGGAGCACGGGAUGGGGAGACAGCGCGGACGGCGGUAGAUCUGCGGGUGGCGCAGCUCCCGGGGGAGCGUGGGCGCGGGGCGGACCGGGGAAGAACGACAACGCUUGGGGAAGGGGAGGUGGCGCUGGCGCGCCUGGCGGAGCCCGCGGGGGACCUGGCGGAAAUCCGUGGCACACGGGCGGGGGCGGGGUGGGUGUGUUGACCGGCGCGUGGCAACAGCCGCUGCAGCACCUGCAGCAGCCGGCGCCGCCGCCUCUGUCGCAGCAGCAGGCGCAACUGGACCAGGCGCAAGCGGGGAAGGGCGCGCGAAAAGGGGACGGCGGGGGCGCGCUUGACAGAGCGGGGGAGAGUGCGAAUGGGGGGAGCGCGAACGGGGGGAGCGCGGGAGAUGCGAGCGUGGGGGCAGCGCGCGCGGGGGGACGGGAAUGGAUGGUGGCGGUGAGCGCGUGUUUGAUUGGGCAUGCGGUGGAGGUGCAACUGGUGCAGGGCGACUCGUACUCCGGCAUAUUCCACGCUGCUAACGAGGAGGACUAUGGUGAGUCAGCGUAUGCUUCUAACAAGGAAGAUUUGGAGAACUAG